UGAAAGAAGAAGAGGACUUGCACCUAGCAUUGGCUCUUUCCCAGUCCGAAGCCGAAUCCAAGGAACAAAGACUGAGAGAAUGGGAGAGAAAAUUGGAUUUCAGCCCGACGCCCCGCUCGCCCGCCGUUCAAAUAAACCGUGCUCCCCAGGUGGACGGUCCCGAAAGCGACCCUAAGCUGGCUCGCUAUCUCGAUCGCUCCUUCUGGGAUAAGAAGUACUCCGAGCAGGAAAAGGACAAAGCGAGUACCCAGAAUCACGUCCCUUCGGCACCAGAGUCUAGUCCCGUGACGUCACAGAUCCCGAUCGGGAACGACGAGGUUCGUGCAGACGCGAAACAAUUACUCGUAAGAUGUUAAUCGCUCGAUCGACGAUGGAUUCGCCGCAGGCACGCUCAAACGGGGAGCCGGCAGACCUGGACGCAUUCAUCUCGAACGCCCGGAUGCAGAUCGAGAUCUUCGUGAAUCGGAUGAGAGCAAACGAGUCUCGGGGAAGACACAUCGGGAACGACUCCUUUGUCCAGACGCUC